AUGGAGAACGGUUUUCUAAAGGAAAAUCGAAAACAUAUUACGCUUGGAGUCUUUCUGUUAGUGAUCAGCAUCUUUAUUCUCUUCAUUGCCACUAUUUAUUCAGGAAUUCACAAAAUCGACGAAGGAUCCGUUGGGAUUUAUUACAGGGGUGGAGCUUUGUUGGAUGAAAUCUCUGAUCCGGGUUAUCACGUGAAAAUACCAUAUAUUACAACGGUAAAACAAGUUCAGAUCACAAUUCAAACAGACACAGUGGAAAAUGUUCCUUGUGGAACGCAAGGUGGUGUCAUGAUCUAUUUCGACCGAAUCGAAAAUUACACAGUUGACUAUGAUAAGCCAUUGAUUUAUCAAAAGGUUCAUCACGAAAUCAAUCAAUUCUGCAGUAAACACACCAUUCAACAAGUCUAUAUUGAUCUAUUUGAUCAAAUCGAUGAAAAUUUGAAGAGUGCAAUUCAAGAAGAGUUGCACAUUCUCGCUCCGGGUCUUUACGUUCAAUCAGUCCGUGUCACAAAGCCGAGAAUUCCUGACGCGAUUAAAGCAAAUUAUGAGGAAAUUGAGACGGAAAAGACAAAACUCCUUGUUGCAGUCGAGCAUCAAAAAGUAGUUGAAAAAGAGGCAGAAACUGAUCGAAAGAAGUCAAUUAUUGAAGCUGAAAAAGUGGCACAAGUGGCUGAUGUGAAAUUCAAGCAGAAUAUCGCCGAAAAAGAAAUGGAAAAAACGGUGAACAAACUCCAAGAUCAGAUUCAUUUGGCCAAAGAAAAAGCAAACGCCGAUGCCGAGUUCUACCGAGUCGCUAAAGAAUCCGAAGCGAACGCGAAAUUGUUAACGAAAGAAUACAUCGAACUGCAACGCAUCAAAGCGAUCCGAGAAAACAACAAGAUUUACUAUGGAGACAGCAUUCCGAAGGCUUUUUUGCAAGAUAACAAUCGCUCUGAUCGCUCUUUGUCGACCGUCCUCUUGCCCACCGAUUCACCACAAAUCGAAAGCAAU